GAGGUAGAUCCUACAAAAUAGAGGAAACCUAACUGCAGCCAUGAGCAGCAACGAAUGCUUCAAGUGUGGGCGCUCUGGCCACUGGGCCCGGGAAUGCCCUACUGGAGGAGGCCGCGGCCGCGGAAUGAGAAGCCGUGGCAGAGGUGGUUUUACCUCGGAUAGAGGUUUCCAGUUUGUGUCCUCGUCUCUUCCAGACAUCUGUUACCGUUGUGGUGAGUCUGGUCAUCUUGCCAAGGAUUGUGAUCUUCAGGAGGAUGAAGCCUGCUAUAACUGCGGUAGAGGUGGUCACAUUGCCAAGGACUGCAAGGAGCCCAAGAGAGAGAGAGAGCAGUGCUGCUACAACUGUGGCAAACCAGGCCACCUGGCUCGUGACUGUGACCACGCAGAUGAGCAGAAGUGCUACUCUUGUGGAGAAUUUGGACACAUCCAAAAAGACUGCACCAAAGUGAAGUGCUACAGGUGUGGUGAGACUGGUCAUGUAGCCAUCAACUGCAGCAAGACGAGCGAAGUCAACUGCUACCGCUGUGGCGAAUCAGGGCACCUUGCACGGGAAUGCACAAUUGAGGCUACAGCUUAAUUAUUUUCCUUUGUCGCCCCUCCUUUUUCUGAUUGAUGGUUGUAUUCUUUUCUCUGAAUCCUCUUCACUGGCCAGAGGUUGGCAGAU